AUGGUCUUCAAUGUUUCUCCAUUGAUCAAAGAGGACGUGUUGGAGAAAGAUGUGAUGAUUACACCUAUGCCAUUUGCAAGGCCACAGGACUUAGGCCCAUCUAUUGCUAUUGUAGCUAAAGUAAACCAAAUUCAGGAUCAGCUGCUGAAGAAACAUGAUAUUGAGCUGUACAUGCACCUGAACCGACUGGAAAUUGCUCCACAGAUUUAUGGACUCAUGUGCAGUAAAAUCAAUUGUAACACUUAUUGUAUUAUUUAUUAUCAUGAUCUGUGUUAUAACAAAGACUUCUUUUAUUUUGUAUUAGGAGGAUCGAAUGAGAAUGGAAGCACACAGCACACGUCAGAUUCUGCUGGAACAUUUAUUUCUUACAGUAAAGAAUGGGAAGAACUAUUUGUAAACAACAAUUACUUGGCAACUAUACGGCUGAAGGGGAUUAAUGGGCAGCUGAGAAGCAGCAGGUUCCGUAGUGUUUGCUGGAAGUUGUUUCUAGAGGUUCUACCCCAAGACAGAAGUCAAUGGAUUAAAAACACUUCAGAAUUAAGAACUUCAUAUAAUAAGAUAAAAGAAAUCCACAUUACAAACCCUCGAAAAGCAGGACAGCAAGAUCUGAUAAUCAAUAAUCCACUCUCUCAGGAUGAGGGGAGUCUUUGGAAUAAAUUUUUCCAGGAUAAAGAGCUUCGAGCAAUGAUUGAACAAGAUGUAACAAGAACUUUUCCUGAAAUGCAGUAUUUCCAGCAAGAGAAUGUGAGGAAAAUUCUUACAGAUGUUCUGUUCUGCUAUGCCAGAGAAAAUGAGCAGUUGCUCUAUAAACAGGGUAUGCAUGAACUCUUAGCUCCUAUCGUCUUUAUCCUGCAUUGUGACCACCAAGCUUUUUCACAUGCCAGUGAAGCUGCACAACCAAGUGAGGAAAUGAAAGUUCUUUUGAAUCCCGAAUAUCUGGAACACGAUGCCUAUGCAAUGUUCACACGUCUUAUGAAGACUGCAGAGCACUGGUUUUCAACUUUUGAGCAUGACAGUCAGAAGGUAAAUAUUACUUUAAAAAGUCCUGUUUUUAUUCUUAAGCAAAUGUGGUUUUUAAUGUCAUUGAAGUAA